AAGUAGUCGUUGUGUUAUUGUUGCACCACAGCUGCUGUCAUGUGAUAGCCUGCCUGAGCAAGCUGCUGCGCUCAGUAGCUUUUUUACCUUCGCCCCGGGUUAAGUUAGAGGCAGGCAGGCUGGCGAUCAGCUUUAUGUUUGUUGCGGAAGAACCACACGGCUCGUUUGUGAAGGAGAGCAAGGGAAGCCGGGGUUGUGCAGUUUGACCCCCCCCCUCCCCACCCGCGGACGCAGCCAUGGGUUGCUGCUACAGUGGCGAGGACGACAGCUCCAGAGAGAAGUCUGAUGAGACCGAUCCGCUGAUCCCUCAUCCGAACCCUGUGAGCAAGCCUCCAAAUGGGACGGAUUGGAUCCCAAACAGCGUCCCCCCUGCACAGACAGAUGGACAAGCCCUCCUAACAUCCAUCCUGACAAAGACGGCACAGAACAUCAUUGAUGUCUCGGCAGCCGACUCUGUUGUGAUGGAGCAACAUGAAAUCAUGGACAAAGCUAGGCAGUACAGUACAAAACUGGCUGUGUUGAGCACCAGCUUGCCUCAGAAGAAAGCCCUCACUCUUCCCUCCCUAACAAGCCAGCCCCACCAAGUGCUUGCAAGUGACCUGGUGCCAUACUCGGAUGUUCAACAGGUAUCCAAGAUAGCAGCCUACGCUUACAGUGCAAUCUCUCAAAUCAAAGUGGAUGCGAAAGAGGAGCUGGUUGUCCAGUUUGCCAUUCCCUGACUUGCGUCUGCGUAUGGUUCUUCGCAUCCCACUCGCUCUGUGCCACUCCUGCUUCGUCAUCCUCCAGUCCACCUUUUUUGUUAUUAAAGCAUUUUGGUCAUCCUGCUUCUUAGCUCUGCCACGAACUUCUGUGAAGACAGGAAGCGAAGGACCCCCCCCCCCCCCCCCCUCCCAAGCCCCAAACUGUCUUUUAGUGAAAUGAUUUUUGGCAGACGAGCCAUGGAGGUGGCUUCUGACUGAUGUUUGUGACGAUCCAUUUCAGCGAGGCCUCCUCUGUACGUGGCCGCAUGCAUUACAGGUUUUGUCCAAGCAACGUCAAAGGAAUCCCUGAAUCUUAAUAACUUUUUUUAGCUUUUCAGGUUCUUCUCAGUGUCUCUGCUUUUCUUUAGUCUUUACCAUCAGACAGACGCACUGUGCUCGCACCAUGUUGAGACAGCUGUGGGUCGUCUGGCUCCCGGUUCGCACCCCGGCUGUGAUCACUAAACGGUAUCGUGUGCGACAUUCGGCAUUUUUACAGUGCCGUGGAUGUGAUGGACAGUCGUAGUUUAUUACUUGGCACACAAAACCUGCAACGUGGCUUCAUAUAUGUUUCGUCCUAAAACCUUUAAAGCUUAAAUACUUCUUAAUUCAUUUUCUCUGACCUGUAAACACUGUCAAUUAGAGCUUGAAAAGAGUCAUUUGAAGUUAUUUUCUCCCCACAAAUCAAGCCAUCAUUGUACUUUAGAUCCGACCACAGGCCUGAUGAGUAAAGGCAGGUAAUCUGGUGUCAUUCCCAAUCCAGAAAAAAAAAAUAAAAAUUGCACGUUUCAGUUUUCGACUUCUGUCUUGUCGCCUGACCGUGACGUGAUGGAUGUGUCCGUUUCCGGUGGACAAGGAUCCGAACACAAAGCAGGGGAUGCUGGCUGGUUGGGCCUCCUGACUUCAUUUGGAAACGUUUGAGCUUAACGGUCCAGUUUACAGACGGAGAUGUUCGAGUAUCCCGGCCUCCUGAUGAGCUGGGCAGGAAUUGUAACAUUUUUAAAUGACAGGGGGGGUAGAAGGAGGAUGCAAAGAAUUGCUGUAUAAUUGUUACCUUUGUACAGAAUUUUUCUGAUAGCCGGUGGAUUGUACGAAGGUCCUGUGGGAUACGUUUUUUUUUAUAAACAAGACACGACUGCAGGUCUGUGAAUCGUUGGCUUUUUACACAAGGCGUUUCCAGAUUGGCGUUUUCAUAUUAAUCAGAAACUAACCAUUGUUGCAGCACGGAAGAGUGUUAAUCUAUGUACCCGAGCAGAUUAAAUAACCUCAGAUCUUUUGCCGAUUAUUUAUGAGUAUCUGUUUUGUUCUUAAAUGUACAUGUGCUCUCUGAAGGAGGGCACGACAUGAGCUGAUUAUUGAGUCGCUAAAGGGAGCCUGCAAGCUUGUGACUAUUUAUACCACACAACUGAUUACAGCUUUUUUGUUUUGCAAUGGGUUCUUGGCAUACUCUGGUUGUAACUUAAAUGUGUAAUACAUGCAAGACUGUAUGUUUUUUUUUUUUUCUUUCUUAGGCUAGUACCAAAAAGUUCUAAAGAUCUUUUUUUUUGUUUUGUUUGUUUUUGGUUUAAUCAGUUUCAUUAAAAAGUUUCAACUAAA